UAUUUUAUUUUAUAGGUUAGGAAAGAAUGCGGUGGGUAUGACUGGUGGUUCGCCUUCCUCUUGGAUCCACUACAAGGAGGUGGAAGAAAUACUCAGUGGUAAUAAGGCAAUAAAUUUCAAAGAACUCAUGCAAGAGAGUAUAGAUGUGGAACCAGAAGACAACAUUGGUUGCGCUGCUAUCUACCCUCCGACGAGCAACCAAUCCCAAUUCAUUUCAAGCGAUGAACUCGCAGGACUUUCGACGACUCCGGAGUCUGCAAAAAGAAGGAAAUUAACCCAUGAGCGUUUAGUAAAGAAUUUGGAAAAAAAUUCAGAUAUGUUUGAGAAAGAAAUGGAGUCCAUGAGAGGGGCGGAAGAAAGAAUGGUGGAACUAACCGAAAAAGCAGUUCUUUCGGAAGAGAAAAGGAAUGAUAUUUUAAAAGAUAUGAGUGAAAAUAUGAAAAAUUUUUAUAAAGAUCUUAUUAAUUUGCUAAAUGAAAAAUAA